GCGGCACGACUUCCGUAAACGGAGUGACGUAGGUUUCAGUUUCAGUUUUGAUGGACUCUGAGUCUGGUCGUGCGGUGUGUGUGAUACGCAGUGUCAAUAUGGCGAUACCCGUCGUCGAUUUCAGUGUUUACGAACUGGAAGAAACAAAUGUAUCAGAUGACAAGUUUAAGAAGUUGAGUGAAGAACUGAGGACGGCCUUUAUGGAGGUGGGAUUUGUUUAUCUGAAAAACACUGGCAUACAUCAAGAAGAGGUGGACAAAGUCAUGGACAUUUCCAGGCAAUUCUUCUGUUUGUCUGACGAUAUGAAGAAGCCUUUCAGCAGGGGCGAUUUCUCUUGUAACAUUAACCACGGCUGGGUUUCACUGGAAAAGGAAAGUUUGAAUCCUCAACGACCCGGUGAUUUGAAGGAGGCAUUUAAUAUAACGUCUUUGCGCGAGGAUAUUAAUUGGCCCUCUGAAGGAGUUGAAGAUUUUCGAGAUUGCGUGGUGUCUUUUUUUAAUAGGUGUAAAGAUCUUUCUCUCAGGGUGCUGCAAGUGAUGGCUAUUGGUUUAGGCCUAGAGCCAAAGGUCUUUCUUGAAGCACAUUAGCAUAUUGGAAGUGAUAUGAAUGACACCACUCUGCGGACUUUGUACUACCCUCCACUGAAAAGUGAGCGUGUGAAGCCCGAUCAGAUGCGCUGUGGUGAACACUCGGACUAUGGUAGCAUCACACUUGUUUUCCAAAGUCCAGAGGGAGGACUACAGGUCCUCAGCCGGACUGGAGAGUACAUUUCAAUCCCAGCCAUUUCUGGUACAGUUGUAAUUAACAUUGCAGAUCUGAUGCAAAGGUGGACCAGUGACGUCUAUGUGUCUUCUGUUCAUAGGGUUUUGCUGCCCGUUGUAGGUGACUCCAGGACACGUCAGUCUUUGGCAUUCUUUGUUCACCCCGAUAAUGAGGCCAUUAUUUCAUGCUGUGAUGGAUCAGACAAAUAUCCACCUGUUAAAGCAAUUGAUUACCUUUUGUCAAGGUUCGAGGAUUCGUAUGGCUAA